CUCACUUCCCCACAGGGACAUCUUCUAGAACUGUAGGAUGCAAACGUGAACUUGACGUUGUGACCCAGAGGCAAGUGAACAGAGGAUUCAGAAGCUAACUAGAACUGACCUUGAUUGAUACCUGGAUUGAAAUUGGUUCCAGAUUGACCUCUAGCAUCCGGAGACCCAGACCCAGGACCAUGGGACCCCAGCACUUGAGCCCUGUGCAUCUGCUCUGCCUCCUAGGGGCCAUCUUCACUCUGCCUCGGGCUGGGGCUCUUUUGUGCUACGAAGCAACAUCCUCGCUCUUCAGAGCUGUGUCUCUCCAUAACUGGAAAUGGCUUCUGAUGAGGAGCAUGGUGUGUAAGCUGAGUGAGGGCUGUGAGGAGACGCUGGUAUUCAUCGAGACAGCUGAAGGGUCCAGAAGGGGAGUUGUGGGUUUUAAGGGCUGCAGCCCAGCCUCCUCUUACGCCCAGCAAGUCUCUUACCUCGUUUCACCGCCUGGACUGUCCGUUGCCUCCUACAGCCGCGUCUGCCGGUCAUAUCUCUGCAACAACCUCACCAGCUUGGAUCCUUUUGUGAAACUCAAGGCCAACACUCCGAGGUCUACAGCAUUUUCUUCCCAUGGUUGCCCGACCUGUGUGGGCGAACACUCUAAGGGCUGCCUCCCAAGUUUUGUCACCACUGAUUCUUGCCCCUAUGACGCCUCUCAGUGCUACAGUUCCACCUUAACAUUUCAGGCAGGGCUCCUCAAUACCACCUUCCUCCUCAUGGGCUGUGCUCGUGGACAUCACAAACUUUUAGCAGAUUUUCACCAUAUUGGGAGCAUCAGAGUGACCGAGGUCCUCAACAUCUUAGAGAAGGGCCAGAUUGCUGGUGUAGAGCCCUCCAGUCGGGGUCCUGCUUGGGGCAUCCUCUCAGGGCUUCUGCUUGCCUUCAGGGACUGACAGUCUGGCCGGACUGGACAAACCCCUUCCCAUAACCCAGUAAAGUCACAGAGUUGCCUU